CUCUCCUCUCCCAAACACGUCACAAUGUCCGCCCCCGACGCUCCAGACUCUGCCAUCGAGGCCCGUGUCGCCGACAAGCUCAAGAACAUCGCGCCUGCCGCCGAGCCAAAGGACGAAUCCAAGGCCGGCGCAUCUUCAGGACUCGCUCAACAGGCUCGCGCAUUCGCUGCUGGUGGUUUUGGUGGUCUUUGCGCUGUUGUCGUAGGCCACCCCUUUGAUCUUGUAAAGGUCCGACUUCAAACCGCCGAGCGAGGCGUCUACUCCUCCGCUGUCGACGUUGUGCGCAAGAGUAUCGCUCGUGAUGGUUUGCGACGAGGUCUCUACGCUGGCGUGAGCGCUCCUCUCGUCGGUGUUACCCCCAUGUUCGCCGUGUCUUUCUGGGGUUACGAUCUGGGCAAGCAGCUGGUCCGGGGUGUGAGCGAAGUCCCCGCCGAGGGUCUCACGAUCGGCCAGAUCUCAGCCGCCGGCUUCAUCUCCGCCAUUCCUAUGACUGCCAUCACCGCCCCCUUCGAGCGCAUCAAGGUCAUUCUCCAGGUCCAGGGACAGAAGCAGCUUGCUCCUGGCGAGAAGCCUAAGUACAACGGUGGCGUUGACGUCGUCCGCCAACUCUACAAGGAGGGUGGAAUUCGCAGCGUCUUCCGCGGCAGCGCUGCUACCCUAGCCCGUGACGGUCCCGGUUCUGCUGCCUACUUUGCCGCCUACGAGUAUAUCAAGCGCAAGAUGACUCCCAUUGAUCCCCUCACUGGAAAGCCCAGUGGCCAGCUCAGUCUUUCAGCUAUCACAUGUGCUGGAGCAGCCGCCGGAGUUGCUAUGUGGAUCCCUGUCUUCCCCAUUGACACUGUCAAGUCUCGCCUCCAGACCUCUGAGGGCAACGUCACAGUUGGCAGCAUCGUCCGCGAGCUAUACGGAAGAGGAGGCGUCAAGGCCUUCUUCCCUGGUUUUGGCCCUGCUCUAGCUCGUGCCGUGCCCGCCAACGCUGCUACUUUCCUUGGUGUCGAGCUGGCUCACCAGGGCAUGAACAAGUUCUUUGGUUAAACAAGGGAGGAAGAAUCUCUGAAGCAUCGUGUGUGUGUGUGUAUGAGGAAAAGCAACCAUUGAUUUUAAGGGACUUCGAUAUGGACUAUUGAAUGGACGCUGGGCGAGGAUCACAGCGUACGAAAGGCGUUGGUGGGUGGGCAUGUCAUGACUUGUAUUUUCGUCUUCACCCAUGAGUGGGUGCAUUUUGGAAGCAAUGUUCGAGCGCUGAAGCAUACCUUCUGUUUUCAAGUAUAUAGACCAUGAGCAGUUAAAUCUUGGGAUUGAUUUCUGUUGUAGUCCAUAGAUGAACGAAUAUAUCACCUCUACUU